UUUCCCAUUCCUGUCGCGAAGUCCCCCUUCAUGAAACCGAUUCGGGCGAACCUCGUGAGCCCAUCCGCGACUGGCCUUCCCACACCAGCUUGCCAGAAUUGGCGCGAUCCGAGGUCCGGUCGAUCAACUACCAUUUAACUCUUCACAGCCUGCCACCCGUCUGCUAUUGUCAGAACGCCACGGCUGGGCGCAAGUGUCGAUCUCGCCGACCGGGACCAGCGGCAGCGACAACGUCGUCAACAUGGACUCGGGCAUCCCCGACUCGGGCACCGUCCAUAAGGACGGGUCGAACUUGGGCAACUGGAGUUCGCUGAUCGGCAUCAUCGCUGCGAUAGUAGGCAACGUUUUAAUCGCUCUAGCUCUGAACGUUCAGAGGUAUGCGCAUAUUCAGCUACACCGGCAGCGAUUAGAGGCUCGCGAGCGGGCUCGCGAGGCUCAUAAGAAGGCGCGCAAUGGUCAUCAUAACGGCUACCCAACGCCCGAUACCCCCGUCGGUGAUGCGCUCCAUGACGAUGCCCGAGAGGCACAGUCGAUAAGCGCGCACCCACUCGCACAGUCCUACCAAUCCGCGGAUUCCAAUGGUUCCGAAUUGUCCUGCGAAGAUGCCAAAGUCGCCUCGACCUACCUCAAGUCUCCGUCUUGGUGGUCGGGUCAGGUUCUGAUGACCGUCGGGGAGAUGGGCAACUUUCUAGCCUACGGCUUCGCGCCGGCUUCGAUCGUUUCCCCGCUGGGCGUCGUGGCUCUCAUAUCGAACUGCAUCAUCGCGCCCAUCUUCUUCGGCGAGGUAUUUCGAACGCGAGACUUUUGGGGUGUCCUCAUUGCCGUCGGAGGUGCUGUCACGGUCGUUUUAAGCGCGAACCAGGAGGAGACCAAGUUAGACCCACAGGAUGUUUGGGACGCCAUCACGACGAUGGAAUUCGAAAUAUACAUGGGGGUUUCCGUAUUUUUUAUCAUCGUUUUGAUGUGGGCGAGCCCUCGAUACGGCCACCGGACGAUUCUCAUCGAUCUCGGUCUUGUCGGACUAUUCGGGGGGUAUACGGCUCUAACCACCAAGGGCGUCUCUUCGAUGCUUUCCUCGACCCUCUUCAGGGCAUUUGCCACACCAGUGACAUACGGGCUGGUAGUUGUUCUACUAGUAACCGCUGUCAUGCAAGUCCGAUAUGUGAACAAGGCACUCCAAAGAUUCGACUCAACACAAGUUAUACCCAUACAAUUCGUCCUGUUCACCUUGUCGGUAAUUAUCGGGAGUGCAAUUUUGUACCGGGACUUUGAACGUACGACGGCGGAGCAAGCUGCCAAAUUCGUGGGCGGGUGCCUCCUCACCUUCUUCGGCGUAUUUCUGGUCACGAGUGGCCGGCCACGCCAGCACGACGAUGAGCUAUCGGACGAUGAAAAUGUCGAGGAGACUAUUAGCCUCUUAGACCAAGAAACGUCUGGCCCUUUCGCUCACCGGGCAGAGCGCCCCGGGCAAGAUCAACGACAACCUCCAGCGUCAUCUCAGCCGUCGAGGCGUUCAUCCUACGCUUCACGGACCGGUUACAGAAACUCAGGCGUCGAACCUUUGAAUCACCAGGGCGGCAAACCCUCCAGGAUGCCUAUCCCAACGGGAGCCGAAACCUCUCCCCUCCUCGACAACCCGUGGAGGAACUCUCUCGACAGCCAAUCUUACAGCCGAAGCUCCCCCCUAAGGUCGUCGGCUGAUAGUAUCCCCGUAGUCUACUCGACAAUUUCGGCGGCUGUAUCAGACCAAUUUCAAUCUCACACGAGCCUCCCGGAGGUAGUCGUUCCUCCAUCGUCACCGCCAGAUCGUCCGACGACUCCACGGGCAUCCCUGUCGAGACCACAUAGCCAUCACUUUUCCAACGCAUUCAUUUCCCCAUCUCCAUUGUCUUCUACCGUUACUGCAGUGGUUUCGGACGCACUCCUACGCGGUGACGAAAGCCCGGGCGGCCGAAGAAGAACCUUCCGUCGGUCGAGACCCAGCAUUAGAUCCAGUCAAUUGAUGCUACAGGGCGAGGAGGGGGUUGGAUUAUUGGGUGAGCCGCUACCCCAGGGCUUUCGGGACGAGGAGGAUUCCUCAUUUCACGAUGACCCGCUACCAAGCGAAGACAAGACUAUCCGGGGGCGGGCGCGCAGCCUCAGCAACACGAUAGGGAAUUUCUUCGGCAGGAAAAGGAGAAGAGGGACAUCAGACCCGGAAUCGGGCAACGGUCACGAUGCCCAGGGUAAUGGUAAUAAUUGAGGGGGGCGGGCGGCUACUUGAUGUGCGAGCAUGGGUUAGCGAAGAGGGUAGAGCCGGUUGAGUUAACAGCCAUGCUCAUAUC